AUGGCAGCCUCAUCUGAAUUGAGUGGUGCCCAUCUACCUGUUAGGUCUAUUAGCUUGCCCUCCAGGACACAACCAAGUUCUGUCAGGCUUGAAGAAGUAUUAAACACUAUAAAAUCCUGCCAAAUUUCAUCAGUUUCGACAGCAUUUCCGGUCGGAGCAGAGACUAUUCAAACUGGUCUAGCUGGGCUUGCAGAGUUGUACAAUUGUUUGGAGGAACUCAUCCACUCUCCUCUCACCCGACAAGCUCUUCUGUGUCAUGAACAUCGAAAGCUAGUGGAAGAAAUUCUUGAAGGGUCAAUCACAUUGCUGGACACAUGCGGCACUGCAAGGGACAUUAUCUUUACCAUGAAGGAACAUGUCCAAACCCUGCAGUCUGCUUUACGUAGGAAGGGAGUGGAUUCAAGAAUUGAAAGUGAUAUUCAUGCUUACAUGCUCUUCAGAAAGAAGGUGAAGAAGGAUGUUGCUAAGUGCCUUAAAGAAUUGAAGAGAACGGAAAGAAAAGUUUCUUCCUCUCCACUGUUGGAUUUAGACCUCCGUUUAUCGAUGGCGAUCGGAGUUCUAAGAGAAGCAAGCGCCAUUACCAUGUCCAUUUUUAGAUCUCUUUUGCUGUUCCUGUCCGUGCCGGCAAUGGAGACAAACGCUGCACGUUGGUCAUCAUUGGUUUCGAGAUUGAUGCCAGCGACGGCGAGAUUAUUGUCCUGUGAGAAAGGCCAGAAGAUUAUCAAUGAGGUGGGGAGCGUUGAUGUUGCUCUUUGUUCCCUCCAUGGGCAUCUAAGAAAUAAGGAUGCUAAGGCCGAAGUUCAAUUGGCACAAAGGAUGUUGGAAAAACUCCAUCUUAGCAUUAAUGAUGUUGAGGAUGGAUUAGAUUGUCUGUUUAGGUGUUUACUCCAAAAUAGAGUGUCUUUCUUGAACAUCCUUGCUAAUUAA